GGGCAGGUGGUGCUGUACGGCGUGCCCAUCGUGUCGCUGGUGAUCGACGGGCAGGAGCGGCUGUGCCUGGCGCAGAUCUCCAACACCCUGCUCAAGACCUUCAGCUACAACGAGAUCCACAACCGGCGCGUGGCCCUGGGCAUCACGUGCGUGCAGUGCACGCCGGUGCAGCUGGAGAUCCUGCGCCGGGCCGGGGCCAUGCCCAUCUCGUCGCGGCGCUGCGGCAUGAUCACGAAGCGCGAGGCGGAGCGGCUCUGCAAGUCUUUCCUGGGCGAGAACCGCCCGCCCAAGCUGCCGGACAACUUCGCCUUCGACGUGUCGCACGAGUGCGCCUGGGAGCGGGGUUGCCGCGGCAGCUUCGUGCCGGCGCGCUACAACAGCUCCCGCGCCAAGUGCAUCAAGUGCAGCUACUGCGCCAUGUACUUCUCGCCCAACAAGUUCAUCUUCCACUCGCACCGCACGCCCGACGCCAAGUACACGCAGCCCGACGCCGCCAACUUCAACUCCUGGCGCCGCCACCUCAAGCUCACCGACAAGAGCCCCCCCGACGAGCUGGUCUUCGCCUGGGAGGACGUCAAGAAUCAGAAAAGCAAGGACGGCAGUAACCAAGCCAUUUUACCUACAAAAGAGGACAAUGGCUUUUCAGAUAAGAACAAGGAGCAUAAUUUUUUCAUCACAGACUCAGAGCAUUCAGGAGGAGACUUCUGGAGAGAUAUAGCAGGCGAACACACGCAAGAAACCAAUUCACCUCAUUCACUGAAGAAGGAUGUAGAAAACAUGGGGAAAGAAGAACUCCAGAAGGUUUUGUUUGAGCAAAUAGACUUACGGAGGAGAUUAGAACAGGAAUUCCAGGUGUUGAAAGGAAACGCUUCUUUCCCAGUAUUCAAUAAUUUUCAAGAUCAGAUGAAACGGGAGCUGGCGUACAGAGAAGAAAUGGUACAGCAGUUACAAAUUAUUCCCUAUGCAGCAAGCUUGAUCAGGAAAGAAAAGCUCGGCACGCACCUCAGCAAAAGCUAAAAGAAGCACACGACCCUCUGCAGCAGUUCUCUUAUAAGGUACAACCCACCACUCAGAAAUCUGACUUGUUUAAAGACUGAGAAAACAGAAGGGCUUGGGAAUUUAAAAAGCAAGCAAACAAAAAAAAAAUCAGGUUCCUCUGAACCCAAGGACAAGUGACCUCAAAGCAUCAUGGACAACCAUGUAAAAUAGAAUGUA